CACAUAUCAACCAAGGCCGCCUGUCAUCAUGAUGAAUGAAAAUUCGCUCCAGGCACCGAUUUCGCCCAGCAAACUGACCACUCAAAGCUGAUCAUCAAGGAGAAAAAGGAGACAUGAAGAAAAAGGACCAUCUGGCCUUGUCGGGUCUGCUUGUGGACCCCUUGACCUGGCUGACCGAGGUCUCCCCCCCAGGCUCACGGGGCGCACCGGGCUCGUACUGCGCGGAAGAUGAGGCGGCGGCCAAUAUCCUGGGAGCCCCCCCCUGUUCCAGCCUGUUCGGCUGCGUGGAAUCCGAUCUGGAAUGUGGCGUGCCACUUUUUUUUGACAACCAUGACGAAGACCCCGGUUCUGACCAGAGUUCCAUCGCUUGGCUUUUCCUACCCAGCAAGGACGAGGAAGAGGAGGAAGGGCAAAGAGAGGACGGGCAAGCGCAGGCGGCCGCCAACUCGGACGGGAUCUGGGACUGGUAUGCCGAUGAGAUAAGAUCCAGAGGGUCCAGCGAGCAGGUUCCGUGCGAGGGGAGUUCGGAGUGCGAGAAGACGGGGGAAGGCGAAUCAUCCCCCUCCGAGGGAUCGACUCCUGAGUCUCCGCCUGCCACGGCGCGUGAAGAGCCAGAUCCGGACGAUGGGAAAGCAGAAGAACCGCGCGAAUAUGUCGGCGUCGGCUUAGCCCCGCCCCUUGUGUUUCCGCUAAAGCGCGAGCGGCUUUCCGUGUUUAAGAGGGCAUAUAUCUUCGCCUCCUUUGAGAACAGAGAAUGCCUACGGCCCAUGUAGCCUUUUUUUUAUUGCUCUUCUCUUGUUUGACUUAAUUAUCCAGCACAUGCAGCACCUAGCUUGCCUCGACAUGAUGAAUGCGCCCCUUAAUGAACCCCUCACAUCAUCGCGUAUCUGGCACGGGCAGAGGAUGUAGGCACGUCUCGACCAUUGGUAUGAAAACAACCCUGUCUUUUUUUUCCUUUUUUCUUCU